AAUCGAUUGUCGCGCCCUCAGUGUUUCGCGAUUCAUCGAUCAGUGUGGUGUGUGCCGCGUUGUUGCUCUCUUCGAUUUUUCGUUGCUUCUUUUUUCUAGCUGCGAUUAACGCGGCUACGAUCGCGUACUUUUUUCGCUUAAGCGAAAACGGCGUUACAGCUGCGGGCUCGACCAGAGCCUAACCCAACUAACUAAAAUCUAAGAUGAGACGAAGGAUAUUGUGGAUUUUGGUGAGCACGGCCGUCAUUCUCACGGAAUGCAACGCCACUACGGAGAAGGAACAGAACGAGAAGGGGGAGAGGACGUUGGGAAGUUCUUCGAAUUACAAUUCCUUCCCAGACGAUCUUUACCUGGACGAUCAAGAGGCCUCGGAAGGUUCUGGUCGAGGUGGAAGCGAGGGACGAGACGACCUUGAAGCAUCUGGUAGCGGACUCGGCCCUGACGACGAAGACGGUGAUGACGAACAUGAAUUCGACUCUAACAAUAACAGAAUAGAACCUGUGCCAAACAAACCAAUUGAACCAAAGGAACCAUACAUUGAUGAAAGUAACAACAACAAUAAAGUUCAAACAAACGUCGAUACGAUAAACCGACUGGACGAGGUAGUCGAUGUAAUCGAGCCCUCAACUGGUGAAGACGACCACGUGGAUAACACUGACGAUAGCCACGUCGUUUACAUAAUGAAUCCAAAACACGAGGACCGUGCCAGUUCAUUCUUUGCACAGCCUGGCGUUUUAGCGGCGGUAAUCGGUGGUGCUGUAGUCGGCCUACUUUGUGCCAUACUCGUGGUGAUGUUCAUCGUAUAUAGGAUGCGCAAAAAAGAUGAAGGUUCGUACGCAUUGGACGAACCAAGAAGAUCACCAGCGGCCCAGGCCUUUCCUAAACCGGGCGCACCCCAUCACAAUCGAGAAUUUUAUGCUUGAAGAGACGUAGGCCGUCUGGCUUCGUUACCGGAUAAUUUUUCUACCACGAAGAAUAUUCUGGUAGAAUGUCGCGAUUUCAAGCCAGGGAAUAGAAAGACACGCACGAUCGAAUCGAAUCGAUAUCAAGACGAUCGUAGCUGGACGAUUAUUUGAAUGAUCUAGCCGUAAUGCUCGAUAAUGAUGAUGAUGAUGAUGAAUGAUGAAGAAAAUGAUGAUGAUAAUGAUGAAAAUAAAAAACGGCGGAACAUGUGGCAGCUCUUUAUAGGACAAAAAAAAAAGAUAAUACACGCAUAUGA